UGCUCAUUUACACACUUGUUCCCCAGCCCCGAGCUUCAAGCUUUCGUCUCACCUGGUCAAGGGAACGGAUUAACUGAUUCAGCAGACACCUUUCUGAGGUCCAGAGACCUACAGGUAAGCGAGAAUGUUCAAUUAUUGGAAACGUCGAACUGGGAAGAUGUUCCUGAUGCUGGCGGUGGCCAGCUGUCUGACCUUCGUUGCUAGUUUGGUCUACCUCUCUGCAGUGAAUGGGUACAGGUUCUCUCGGGAAGUUCCCUGCACACCCAGGAAACACGUGGCAUUUAUGAAGAUCCACAAGACGGGAAGCAGCACUGUGCUGAACCUCCUGUACCGCUACGGAGAUGCCAAGAAUCUCACCUUCGCUCUGCCUCCUGAUGAUCACCUGGGCUACCCGAAUCUCUUCAGGGCCACCUUUGUUAAAGACUUUGCAAAGAAUCCGGGCAAGGAAUACAACAUCAUCUGUAACCACAUGCGCUUCAAUCUGCCUGAGGUGAAGAAGGUGACGGGCAACGACUCUUUCAUCUUCACCAUCCUGCGGAACCCAGACAGCGUGGCAGAGUCGGCGUUUUCCUACUCCCACAGCGGUGCCCCGGCCUUUGGUGCCGUGCAGAGUCUGCCUGAGUUUGUGAGGAAGCUGGACAAGGUGUUCAAGCCUAAAACACCCAACAACUUCUAUGCCCAUAACUUGUUGUGGUUUGAUCUUGGUGGGGACGCGGAGGCAGGGGCUGAAGGACCUCACGUUGACCAAACCCUCAAGGAGUUCGACUCUACCUUCCAUCUGGUCUUGCUGGCCGAGUACUUUGACCAGUCGCUGGUCUUGUUGCGGGAGGCUCUCUGUUGGGACAUGGAGGACAUGGUGUCCUUCCAGCUCAACGCCCGUGACCCCUCGACCAGAAGCUCACUCCCCCCUGAUCUUCUCUCCACCCUCCAGCGCUGGAACGCCCUGGACUGGCAUCUCUACCGCCACUUCAACACGUCCUUCUGGCAAAGGGUGGAACGGUACGGGGUGGACAGGAUGGAGAGAGACGUCAAGCAUCUCCGCCAUCUUCGCCAGAAGAUCCAAGAUAUCUGUCUGCAAAGCAGCACACCUGAGGCCAAAAGCAAGAGCUCCAGUUACAUCAAAUCACCCAACUAUGGCAAGGCCAAGAUCAUUGGUUAUCUCCUGAAAGACAACUUGACCAGAGAAACCAAGGAAAUGUGCAUCAAGAUGGUUCUCCCAGAGAGAAAGUAUCUCAAUCGUCUACAGAGAAAACAGGGGUAGACAACCCUUGCACCUCAGCAAGGUGACUCCGGCCAGCCUGUAGAAAGGUGGUAGUGUUUAGUCAUGAACCAAUGGUGCAGGCUUGUGGGUUAAUUGGCUUGGUAUAAGUGUAAAUGAUCGCAGGCCAGUGUAGACACGGUGGGCCGAAGGGCCUGUUUCUUUUCUGUAUCUUUAAUCUCUACAGGCCCAGCGCCGACAAACGCUCAUCAUAUGUUAACCCACUCAUCCCUGGAAUCAUUCUCAUAAACCUGCUCUGGACCCUCUCCAGAGCCAGCACAUCCUUCCUCAGAUAUGGGGGUCAAAUAGAUAUGACAAUAGAUAUGAAGAUGGAAAAUAGCUGGAAUGUGAAGACAAGGGAACGUGAUGUGACUAUCUGGCUGUGGGAGGUUCCAGAACUUUCCAUGAUAUGUCUCUGGGCAAAUAUCGCAGGCAAGGGAUGUGUCGGGGAGGGGCAGUUUGAUAACAUUAAGGCAGGACAAUGCCAAAAGGGUGUGUAUAUUUAACCUUUAGUUGAAUGAUGUGGAAGUGUUUGACCUUCAGAAUUGUGCAAGGUGGAACAAGAAUGUUGUAAUGCAUAAAGGGUGGUUUGUGACAGGUAGCGUUGCCAACUUUCUCAUUCCUAAAUAAGGGACAGAAUGCCAAAAUAUAGGACAAAUUCCCGAAGGCAAUCCGUUGGGCGACUCAGCCGUGGCUGGGUGAAUGAUGAGUUGGCCUGGAUCCUGGACUGCAGGCCAGAUAAGCGGUUUUGGCCCAGGUGCCGGGGGCAAAGUCCAGCACCCCAGGGCAGAGUCCAGUACCCCAUCCAACUCAUGAACCGAUGAUCGGCCAUGAGAAGGAGGGGCGAUGGUGUCGGUGGUAAUCGAAGGUCGGACAGCUGGCCGGGCUGCCGACCGACCGACGGGGCCACGGGUGAGGUGCUGCUGCUGUUGCACUCUAUGGGCUGCACUACGUCGGGACGGGUGAGGCUGGGCCGGACGUGGCGCUCUGACACGACAGUCACCUCGACCCGAGUAGUAGCAGUCAAAUACGGGACAAGGGCGGUCCCGUACGGGACAAACCAAUUUAGCCCAAAUACGGGAUGUCCCGGCUAAACUAUCUCCCCUUCCUCCCCCCCCAUCCAAGGACCAGCCUCCACAAGGCCACCAGCCUCCACAAGGCCAGUCUCACCCGGUCACUUCUUUUUCUCCCUCUUAGCUGUGAGGAGGAUGCCAGGUGACUUGGAUAGGUUGGGUGAGUGGACAAAUGCAUGGCAGAUGCUGUAUUAAUGUGGAUAAAUGUGAGGUUAUCCACUUUGGUGACAAAAACAGGAAAGUAGACUAUUAUCUGAAUGGUGGCCAAUUAGGAAAAGGGGAGAUGCAACAAGACCUGAGUGUCAUGGUACACCAGUCAUUGAAAGUAGGCAUGCAGGUGCAGCAGGCAGUGAAGAAAGCAAAUAGUAUGUUAGCAUUCAUAGCAAAAGGAUUUGAGUAUAGGAGCAGGGAGGUUCUACUGCAGUUGUACAGGGUCUUGGUGAGACCACACCUGGAGUAUUGUGUACAGUUUUGGUCCCCUAAUCUGAGGAAAGACAUUCUCGCCAUAGAAGGAGUACAGAGAAGGUUCACCAGACUGAUUCCUGGGAUGGCAGGACUUUCAUAUGAAGAAACACUGGAUAGGCUCGGCUUGUACUCGCUAGAAUUUAGUUGAUUGAGGGGGAAUCUUAUAGAAACUUACAAAAUUCUUAAGGGGUUGGACAGGCUAGAUGCAGGAAGAUUGUUCCUGAUGUUGGGGAAGUCCAGAACAAGGGGUCACAGUUUAAGGAUAAGGGGGAAAUCUUUUAGGACGAGAUGAGAAAAACAUUUUUCACACAGAGAGUGGUGAAUCUCUGGAAUUCUCAGCCACAGAAGGUAGUUGUGGCCAGUUCAUUGGCUAUAUUUAAGAGGGAGUUAGAUGUGGCCCUUGUGGCUAAAGGGAUCAGGGGGUAUGGAGAGAAGGCAGGUACAGGAUACUGAGUUGGAUGAUCAGCCAUGAUCAUAUUGAAUGGCGGUGCAGGCUCGAAGGGCCGAAUGGCCUCUACUCCUGCACCUAUUUUCUAUGUUUCUAUGUUUCUCCCCUCUCCCAUCGGGCAAGAGGUACAGAAGUGUGAAAACACACACCUCCAAAUUCAGGUACAGUUUCUUCCCGGCUGUUAUCAGGCAACUGAACCGUCCUCUCACCAACUAGAGAGCAGUCCUGACCUCCAUCUACCUCAUUGGAGACCCUCGGAUUAUCUUUAAUUGGACAUUACUAGACUUUAUCUUGCACUAAACAUUAUUCCCUUUAUCCUGUAUCUGUACUGUGUGGACGGCUAGAUUGUAAUCAUGUAUAGUCUUUCCGCUGAUUGGAUAUCACGCAACAAAAAUAAUUUUCAUUGUACCUCGAUACACGUGACAAUAAUAAACAAAUCUAAAAUCUCACAGGGAUAGUAUCUGACUCCAUUCUUGUGACUCAGUGAUAUCUAACAUGACGUUAUUAGAAGCCAGGGACUUUUAUGCAUGUGUACACUCUAGGGUUAAUAAAGAUUACUUUAAACUAAAGAUAGGCACAAAAUGCUGGAGUAACUCAGCAGGACAGGCAGCAUCUCUGGAGAGAAGGAAUGGGUGACGUUUCGGGGUUGAGACGUUGAGAUGCCAAUUGUCACAUCCAAACACCCUUUCAUUACCUUGUUGUAUUCCAAUCAAAAUUAAGUAAGCAAGGAUAUUAAUAUUUUCUCUCAUUAAUCAGUUGCAAAAAUGGAGGCAUAUGUGUCAGAAUAUAAUUUGGUUGGAACCCGUCCUUGAGCUCGCAAAGGGAUCCCUUGCGUAGGGGUAUGGUCACAAACCCAACAUCCUAAUUAGGUAAGGAAGCAUGUUUUUCUUUCAGCUGCGAGUUCACUGUGUUCUGUGUGAAAUAUGUUUGUUGAAUUUCAUGCUCCAACUUCGACCUUCAUUCUGUUUCUUGUAAUGUCUACAUUUGGACAUCUUUUAAUCAUCAUCUUAUCAUUAUAAAAAUGUAGGGCACUUGCCCUAUUCCUUCUCCUCAAGGGUUCCGUCUGUGUGAUGCAGUUUACAUCUGGUGGCAUGUAGCCAAUCAGGUUUUUAUUUUACUUUCCCUGCUGUUUGUGUUAUUUUUGUGAUAUUCUUGCCAUUCUUGCCAUAGCAUGUACACCUAUUUUCUAUGUUUCUAUUAGCAGCACCAAUUAUGGUAAUUUAUACAUAGAAGAGACAUAAAUUUUGUUUUUUGCUCACACACAAACCUGAUCUCCUGGUUUAAACGGGUGCAUAUUUCCUUCUGCCAGGCGGGACUUGUCUUGCUUAACAUUCUCUUAGAUUUUAACAAUUGUUUCACAAAUGGCUUGAGGCUUAAGGCUAUUUCAUCAUUCCAUACCAGGGCUACUUUCUCAGGAGUCAUCGGGGGUUGAGUUCCUGUUGUCAUCAGCCGCCCCAUCAACAUCUCAUGAGGCCUGUGUUUCUAUUUUUCUGAUUUCUCAGGGCAUACCUAACCACAACAACCUAUUUUGAUGGCAUAAUGUGGCCAAAGUAGCUUUUAUUUCCCCAUUUAUUCUUUCCACCAUCCCCGAGGACUGUGGUUGAUAUGGUGUGUAAUAUCCACUGGAACCCAAGAGCAUUCGACAAGGUCUGAACUAAUUUAUCGGUGAAAUUAGUUCCUCUGUCACUGUUUAUUCCCAUGGGUAUGUCCAACUAGCUAUUAUUUCUUUCAUUAAAAUAUUGGCAACCAUCCUUGCAUCAUCCCUCCCAGUGCAGUGUGCUUCCACCCAUCUGAACAACAUAUCAAUAUGAUCAGAAUGUACUUAAAAUCCUUUGCUGCAAGCAUAUGUACAAAAUUAAUUUGUAAAUUCUCAAAAGACAUUUCAGGUUGUGCAUUACAGGUGAUUACAUUGUGUAGACAUCUUCCCUCUAUUAUUUUGUUGACAUACAAGACAUGUUCUUGCAACUCUAUCAAUUAUGACCUGGUGCAUACCAGUGCUAGGACAACGCGUGUGCUCUCCCCCUUUUCCCAUGUGAGCCUGUCCAUUGGCUGGGCAAGACAGGGGCAAAAAUAGGCUCCUGGGGCAAACUACCUGCCCAUCAGGGUGGACCCAGACAAUGGGGUCUUGAUAAUACUCUGCUUCGGAUCCGGAAUUCUGUUCCUGGAGUGACGCUGGGCUCUGGACAUCCUGUAACUGGGUCACAUCAAUGCUACUCGGGAACUUUCUUUGAGCUGCAGAUCUAAUUUUAACAUUUUGUAAUUGCGGGGUUUGCCUCAAGGCAAUCUGUUUAGUUACAUAAUCAGC